AUGACUCCGGAGAAAGGUUUAGGCGCUCACUCCCCCAUCGUCGCUGCGAUUCAGCGCACCGAGUCACCAUCUGACGGCCCGGAUCCCGAAAGCCAGCCCCGGCCCGAGACAUCAGCGCUGAAGAAUGCCAUGGCCGAGAAGAGCGCCGCGGACAAUGCCGUUGCGUCAAUUGACGAUGGCUCCAUCAAGACUAACGACGACCAUACCCGACGCAAACUGAAACCGCGCCAUCUGCAGUUGAUUGGCAUUGGAGGAACGAUUGGGACGGCACUGUAUGUGCAGAUUGGAAAUAAUCUUCGCACCAGUGGACCGGCAAGCUUGUUGCUGGGAUUCGGUAUUUGGAGCUGUGUGAUUCUGAUGAUCACCGUCUGUAAGAUCACCCCGGAAUCCAUACCGAGCUCUAUUCAGUUCAACCACAUGCGACUUGAUGCCCCCCUCCAUGCCGAAAGUUCCCAAGCGCCAUGGCGAUAUGUCGAAGUCAAUGCCCGCCUUGCUGAGAUGGUCACUUAUUUACCCAUAUCCUCGCCAUUUAUUCGCUUCGCCGGCCGCUAUGUCGACGAGGCGCUUGGCGUCGCAGCCGGAUACAACUUUUUCAUUUUCGAAGCCGCUCUGGUGCCCUUUGAAAUUGUCGCCAUCAGUGUCAUUGUGAAGUAUUGGACGGCAGUGAUCCCAGUAGCGGCAAUGAACGUGAUCGUUCUCGUACUUUACACACUCGUCAAUGUCUUCGCGGUCAAAUGGUACGGCGAAGCCGAAUUCUGGCUCUCGCUGGGCAAGGUCCUCCUGAGCAUCGGUCUCAUCUUUUACACGUUUAUCGUCAUGCUUGGAGGAAACCCUCUCGGGGAUCGCUUCGGCUUCCGCUACUGGAAUGACCCUGGCCCUUUCAAUGAGUACUACAAGACGGGGGACACGGGUAAAUUCCUCGGCUUCUUGUCUGCACUCAUCGCUGCCAGUUUCACCAUUGCCGGCCCGGACUAUGUUUCGAUGGCUGCUGGCGAGACCAUCAACCCCCGCGUGGUUCUUCCCAAGGCAUUCAACGGUGUCUUCUAUCGACUGACGGCAUUCUUUGUGCUCGGCGUUCUUUGUGUCGGUAUCCUCGUGCCCUAUGAUGAUCCGAUGAUGGCCGACGCUUUCAAGACCGGUAAGCCUGGAGCGGCUGCGUCGCCAUAUGUCAUCUCAAUGGAUCGACUGCGCAUUCCAGUGUUGCCGCAUAUCGUCAAUGCGGUCGUUCUCACCGCGGCGUUUAGCGCCGGGAAUAGUUACGUAUACUGCGCCAGUCGCAGUCUCUAUGGCCUGGCCUUGGAGGGCAAGGCUCCGCGGUUCCUGACCAAGUGCACGACAAAGGGCGUGCCGAUCUACUGUGUCACGGUAGUCUUGUUGAUUGCGCUCCUGAGCUUUCUUCAAGUGUCGAAUGGGGCGUCGGUGGUUUUGUCCUGGUUUGUCAAUCUGGUCACCGCAUCCCAACUCAUCAAUUUCUCCGUCUGCACCUUCACCUACAUCCGCUUCAAAAAGGCCGUCGAUGCCCAGGGUAUCUCCCGAUCAACUCUCCCCUACCGAAGUCUCUUCCAGCCCUACCUCGCCUACAUCGCAUGCACCGCCACCACCAUCAUGGCCUUUGUCGGCGGCUACACCGUCUUUUUGCCGGGCAAUUGGUCCAUUCCGACCUUUCUUUUCUCGUACACCAUGAUCGGGGUCUUCCCGAUCUUGUACUUUGGAUGGAAGUUCUUCCACCGCACCAAGUUCCUCUCACCAGAGGAGGUGGAUUUGACCUCUGGUGUGGCUGAGAUUGAGGAGUAUACGAGGACUUAUGUUCCUGCUCCGCCAAAGAGCGCGCUUCAUAAAUAUGUCAAUAUGCUUUUUGAAUGA